AUGCUAAAAAAAAUAUUAGUGCUAUAAUUGUGCAAUCGAUUUUGCUUUGCCAAAUUCUACUAAUUCUCAAAGUUAAAUCACUUCUUCGAACAAUUUGAGAUGGAUAAAUUUGAUUCCAAUUCUUAAUUUACUGCCACAACUGGCAACAUCAAAUUUUCAAAAAUACUUGAAUCCUUGGACAAAGGCAAACAGUCUCUUUUCAAUUCCACUCUUAAUGAUUACCUGAAGACUCAAACCAUUAACUUUGAAUAGUUGUUGACAUUACUUGUGGCCCUGCAUCAAACUAACAUCUUUUGCAACAAAUCCAAUAAAGAAAUUCUCUUGAAACACAUUAAUUCAAAUUUGAACACUAUUAACAUCGGAGUCCUUCAAAUGAUCUCCCAUAGUCUGUCUUUAGGCAUCGCUGAUCAAUAGACAUUAAAUUUAUAUAUUUAGCAUUUUCUCAAAUGCGAUUUGAAGAGAUUUAAUCACAUUCAACAAUUUGACAUGAUAUUCAUCAUUUCUCAGGCUGUUCUUAAAUUCCAAGUGAAUCUUUACAACCCUGAAUUCGCUAAUCAAUGGAAAUUACUCCUUUAAUUACUUCUACCACAUUUGGAAACUAAAAAGGAUUGGCUUGUCAAGAAGUUUCCUCAUCUGGCCUUCAUCGUCAAGGGUGCCAGCAAAGACGACGCUUAGAGCUUCUUUAUUGAAGAUUUGAUAAACUUGUUCAAGGCCAUGACGAAUAAAUUCAAUCAAUAAGCAGACCUCAUUUAUAAAUUGGAUUCUAAGGACAUCACCAUAUUAUUAUCAAGUGUGAUAAAGAUCAGAGACAAGUACUUAACCUAGGAACUCAACAUUCUGAUUGAUAAUUUGAUAAAGUACUUAAUGCGAUAUGAUUUCUCUAAAUUCAAUGACUCGUCCUUGCAAUCCAUUGCACUAUCAUUGACUCACCUCCCAACCUAUUAAUCGUAGUUCCAAGAGCUAUUAAUAGAUUAAAUUGAUUAGCGAAAGCAGAAGGGCAAAUUCAAUACAAAGCAACAUCUGUCUAUAAUAUUUGAAUUGAUUAUUAAAUGGAGGAAUAAGGUGAGCAAUCAAAAAUUAGUGAAUGUUAUCUAAAGUUUAUCAGUCAUCGAAUAAUCAGAUUAUGAUCUUGCUCAUUAUUUCCAGAUCCUGACGACAUUGCCUCUAGAAUAGAUAAUAGGCUUAUUGAAAUAGAUUGAAUUUGUAAAUAGAAAUACUUAUUAUACUAGGAUUUGAUUCAGCGAAAUGAAAAAAUUGCACUAGAUUAAAACUAUAGGAAAGACUCCAUCUCAGUUGAAAGAAUGUAGAAAUCUCUUCUGAAAAUAGAAGGAUAUGUUAAAUAACAAAAUGCUCCCUCUUUUAAUAUGUAAUUGAUAUAGAAAAUUUAGAAUUUGUUAAAAUGA